AAAAGAUCAGAUUCAGAAAGAUGAUCCAGACAUACACAGAGUAUUAACUGCUUUUGGAUUCAUAAUAGAGAUGUGCAUGUAUGUCAUUUUUUCAUUUCGAUUAAGCCAUAGGUCUGAAAAACGAGUACUGGAUUAACUGAGGGCAGGGCAAUGAAAAUGAAAAUAUAUUUUUUAAAAACACUCAAAUAAAACUUAAUUUUGAAGAAACUAUGACAGAAAAAUGAACAGACAGGCUACUAGAUUAUUAAUUAAAUAAAUAUUGUUUUUUAACAGAAACCUCUAACAGCAAUACCUGCGUGAUGAAGUGAAACUAAAGGGUUAAUAAACACAAACUGAUGCGGCAUGCUUUUAAACACGUCCAGUCUUCAUAAUAUUAAGCAGCCUUAAGUCUUUUGCUAUCAUUUUAGCGAUUAAGGUGAGCUGUGUCAUGUCGUUCUCUCACCUGUUCUCAGUCAAGAUGUAAUGCUCGUAUGGAUCUCUGGCAUUUCUUGACAUUUGAUGUUUCACGAGUUCGCAUUAACAUGUAAUCAAUAGGGAAUUAGAUAAAGUAUAUUUGGCGUGCUGUCCGAGGAGAGGGCUCCGAGCUCGGAAUUUUAGCCCGAACCCAGAGUACUCCCCCCUCUUUAACUGUGAUAAAUGAAUCUAGAUGAGAGUGAGGUGAUGGGGUGGAGGAGGGAUGCUGCAGGUGGAAGGAGAGCAGGCCGAGGGCGAGGCACCGAAGGAAGAGGAGGAGGAACCACAGGACUGCGGCUCUGAGGCGUGCAGGAGGCGCCGCCUUCGACACAAGAGGCAAGUGGCGGACCUCAACGCCCAAAUAGACACCCUCUCGUCCACCUUACAAGAGGUGACCCGCCGGUGCAAGAAGCUCUUGCGCCAGUGGGGCCAGAAGCCUUCCCAGCGGCUGAGGGGGGUGAAGAAGAAGCUCCUGGAAGCUCUCCAGGAGCCUGAGGAGGAGCAGGCACCCUUGUCGCCGCCCUCAGCCUUUGCAGUGGGCACGCCCGGUCCGUCCUCCGCCGCGCCUGAAGUCCCGGAAGGGGAGGAGAGUGAGAUGCCCCACUUCCCCGACCACGUGUCCGCUCUGAACGAUUUCCUGGAGGAGUACAGGAAACACCAGGAGGGCCCCAAUCCCUCCAGGAAAUUGAAGGAGAACGUGGGGGGCAAGAUUUAUAGAAUCCGGGCCUUCAUCGCCUUCAUGGCGGCGGGGAAGAGCCGGCUCUCGUCCCUCGAGUUCUUGAACGACACAGAGAAAAUCCGGAAGUGGGUGAGCAGCCUCAGGGCCACCAAGGCGGCGGAGACCACCGUAGGUCAUUACUUGAAGAAUGUGGCUCAGUUUUUGGACUAUGUGUCCGAGACCCCACCGUCAUCCUCCCGCCUGUCGUACAAGGCCAUGCUGGCCAUCCGGCGGGAGGUCAGGGGUCUGAUCCGGGGCAUGAAGCGCGGUAUGACAAUGCACCAAAUUGGGGUGAAGCAGGCCAAGGAGGGGCAGCUGAUCCCCAAGAAGGUGCUUCGAAAGUGCCGCGCCGAGUGCCAAAAACUGAUCCCGGGGAUCCUGGAUCAACUGGAGGAGGACUUAAGUCAGAAGACCCAGUUCGUGCUGUACGGACACCUGACGGCCUACUUCGCCUCUAUCUACGGCCACAGACUGGGCGUAUUUCAAAAUAUGACAAUUAAAGAGGUGGAGAAGGCCGUCAAGUCCGACAGCACGGGCUCCUAUCUGAUCAACAUCUCGCUCCACAAGACAAACCAGGCCUUUGGCCCGGCUCAGCUGAGUUUGAAAAAGGAGGAGUACCACUGGUUCCGGAGGUUCCUGGCGCUGCGGGAACACCUGGUGGGCGGGCCGGAGGCGGUGUAUUUCUUCUACACGUCGACACCCAACCCCUGCAAGAAUUUGAACAAUUACUUCCAGGGAGCUUGGGUGUCGAUGGGACUCCCCGGCAAGCCCACCUUCACAGACAUCCGCACCUCCAUCGCCACCCACGCUAGGAACACUCACAACUCGGACAACCGGCAGAAAGUGGCAAAACCUCAACGCCGAUAAAUUCUAUGC